AUGAGGGCUUGUGUAAUAGUUUACGGUGGUAUCAGCAAAGUUCUCCAGCUUUUAAAUGGCCAUUUGCCGUGGCCGCCGCUGUCCCACAGUACGGCUAUCCCAGCCCUCCCACACCGCCCCCACACCCGCUCCCACACCCGCCCCCACACCUGGCUACGAAUACCAGGAGCCCCAACAGACCUACCUGGCGCCCGGCACUCGCGCAGAAGGCGGCGAAGAAGCGCCAGAGGAGCCAGAAGAAGCCGUGCCGAUUCUGAAGGACGAGCGCGCGUGAACAACGAAGACGGAAGCUACACCGUCGACGUCGAGACUGGCAACGGCAUCGUGUUUUCUGAAGCUGGCACACUGGGCACCAACAACACUGCUAUCAAGACGGGGCAGUAUUCCUACACCGCCCCUGACGGUUCCGUGAUCGAGGUCAAGUUCAUCGCCAACGAGAACGGCUUCCAGGCGGAGUCCGACGCCCUGCCAGUGGCUCCCGCGUUCCCGCACCCGAUCCCCGACUUCGUCCUCGAGCAGAUCCAGUUCGCGGCUGAGGAGGACGCGCGCAUCGCCGCUGAAGCCGAAGCCGCACUGAAAACAGCUGAAGCGCCAUCGAACCUGUACGAGAGGCCGCAGUAAUAUUUUGUUUGUCUAUCGAACAUUUUUUUUGUUGUACUCAAUAUCAUGUACUUUGUAAAUUUGCUACAAAAAACAUGUAUGCACUUAUAAAACAUUUACUCGCCUAGU